CCGUAAAAACAGAUAAUCCUUGGGCCUUAGAUUGGGAAAACGCGUGUUACAGACUUGCACCAUGAGAGCGUGGGAAACAAAAUCAGAAUCUCACACAUCGAGUGACAGCAAGAGAGAGAGUUGUCUUUCUUUCGUAACAGCUAUGCGCCUAAAGGAGUAAGGAAAUGGGGCUUUCCAAGUGAAGCAAAGUGCAGGUAGGAGAGAGAAAGAGAGAUAAUACAGCCAAAGCAAAGUGCGGGAUGAAACCGCCAGUUCAGAUUGUGAUAUUAUACAGACAUGCAAAGCCAUUGAGACACUCCACUUCUCUCUCUUGUUUCCUCUCUCUCUCUCUCCCUCUCCCUCUCUCUCUCUCUCUGGGGGAAGAAAAUGUAUGGGACUCGACUUGAACAACAGCUCUACGAUUUUACCCGCUCUUUGCAGGAGCAGGGUAUAUUGGACGACCGCUUUGAUCAACUGAAAGAAUUAGACAAUGAAACUCCUGGUUUGGCUGUGGAAGUAAUAGCCAUCUUCAUUCGUGAUGCUGACUAUGGCAUAGAAGGACUUGAAAGAAAACUUUUUAGGAGCAAAACUGUUCUCAACUAUCCUAAGGUUACAGACCUUACGCAUAAGCUCAAGGGAAUUAGCGCAAGUGUUGGUGGUUGCCGGGUGGCUGCUGCUUGUAGUGAGCUCCGAGAAUCAAGCCUUGCCUAUAAUAAGGAAAAGUGCUUUGCGGACUUUGACGUGGUCAAGCGUGAAUAUAUUUACUUGAGGGAAAAGCUUCAUCAAAUUCUGGAGAUGGAACGCACUAUUAUUGCUCCUUAUGAUACCAAAAAGCGCCGUAAGUAGAGAGCUGGUUCUUCAUUCGGGCUUUUAGGAUAGUUUCUUUGGAAGAUCAGAUGUUUAUAUCGGCUGUGAAAUAAGUUUCCUGGAACUGAACUUUAGUAUCUUUUUAUAAACAGGUUAUGACUUGUUUAGUGUUGUAUUUUUGGUGCUUUAUAAUAAGUUCAUGCUAAGUGAAUUGGAGACUGCUUCUAUAUCUAUACUCUUGUAACUUUGAUUUUCGUGAUGGAAUGGUACCAGGCCAUGA